UGAAAUGGCAGCUGUUGGUAUUCUCUUCAUUGUCAUCCCCAUGACGUGGGCCUGUACCCCUCAGAAAGCUGAUUACAUCAUGGUGUCAUGUUUUCCCAAUGCCAUCAUUGCAAACGUGCCAGAAUGUCCAUAUGGAUGGGAGAUUGGCCAGCUGUCACUGGGCGGCGUGUGCUACGCUGGCAUUAACACUCCGGGCUUCUAUCGUUUCACCAUCCCAGACCUGACUCCAAAGAAUCACUCGUACUGCGGCACCCUGUCUGAGUAUGUAGGAGGUAAAGACCCACGGUACAUAUUCUACAACUCAAUAGUAUCUAACGACUCCUCUCUCACUGUCCGGAACCAGCCCGUCAACUACACAUUCAGUUGCACUUAUAAAGCAGCUUAUCUGGUCAACAAUGCCGUUUUUAGCCAAAGAGUGGCAACAGUUUAUGUCAACAACGGGAGUUUAGGUUCUUUUAAGUCUCAGUUGUCUAUGAAUGUGUUCACAAACUCAAAGUUCCUCUAUGCAAAAGAUGCACCAUACGUGAUUGACACAUCUGAGAUCGGAUCUGAGGUGUUCAUUGGCAUUGAAGCAAAAGGACUGAGUAACAGAUUCAAAGUGGUAAUAACUAAUUGCUGGGCAACACCUACUCCAUAUUCAACAGACAGGAAACGGUGGAUUUUAAUUCAGAACAGUUGCUCUUUAGACAACACAGUCACCAUAUUUGAAAAUGCCAAAGACAGUCGGUCCAUGUUCAAGUUUAACUCAUUCCGCUUCCAGCGGCUAGAGAAGGUUUCCACCGUGUGGCUCCACUGUGAGGUCCAAGUAUGUGACGGGGAUAAGCUAUUUUGUCAACCGACACCAUGUACAUCAAGAAGCACUGAAUCUGAACCUGAUCCAAAUGGAGGCAUCCUGACCAUGGAGUUUCAAGUCAGAGCACAACACUCCUCUAGUUAUAUCCAUCCUGCAGGCCCAUUUCUGUGUCUGCUGUCCAUAUUUCUACUGAAUGAAGUUUUAGGAUACUUCAGUUGGUAAUGGGGCCAGAUAUGGGUCAUUCAGAUGCAAUGAAUCAUGCCUUUGCACUAACACAAUUACAUUCAAAUACUUAAAAAUAGACAUGCAUGCAUGCAUACA